AGAAUUAAUCCUUGGCUUUCAGCUCUUGCGAACCUUAAAGCUGCUGUUUUGGCUCUGACAUUUACAUUUUAAAGCCGUUUCUCUUUAACAUUUUCUCCCCCCCUCUGCGCCUCUUGUUGCUGCACCGCGACACGUAAUGUUUUGAGUGAUGCAAACUGCGUGGGAUUGCUCAAGUCUGCGUAAAUCUCCUUAUUUAGCGACUGUUUUACAAACCUGGAUGCAGGAAAACAUGUCGCGGAGCUGAAGAAAGCGCUUGAGGUGAUCUUUGGCGUUUAACUUUUGAGGUGCAGUUUGGAGCUCAUGGAGAAACCGUCGUCUUCAGGCAAGUCUGAACUAGAGGAGGAGAACAGCCUGGUGCAGGCGGAGGGAGGAGAUGUGGAACCACAAACAUCCAGGAAGAGCUCGUCUCGAAAAAGCUUCCGUCUCGACUACAGACUGGAGGAGGAAGUGACCAAGUCGUGUCGAGACAAACAUGGCCGCUGGACCAACCCCUGGUCCACGUGGCGGUUCCCCUCGAGCGCUCUUCUACUGAGGUUUUUGCUGCUCGAUAAAGACCACAGCAAAGUGCCCAACAAAGAGGCCUUGGACGUGGAGCUGCCGGUGAUGGAGCCUUUCUUCAUUCGGACCCCAGACCUGAGCGAGUCCGGACCCGGUCUCAGAGUGACCUGGUUGGGCCACGCCACUGUCCUGGUGGAGAUGGACGGACUUAACAUUUUAACUGACCCCAUCUUCAGCCAACGAGCGUCACCCAUUCAGUUUGUGGGACCAAAGAGGUACAGAGGACCCCCCUGCACCGUGGAGCAGUUGCCCAGAAUCGAUGCUGUUGUCAUCUCCCACUCUCACUAUGACCAUUUGGACGUCGGAUCUGUCUCCAGUCUGAACGCUCGAUUCGGGGCAGAGCUGCGCUGGUUUGUUCCUCUGGGGCUGAUGGACUGGCUGGUGAAGAUGGGCUGUGAGAACGUGAUGGAGCUGGACUGGUGGGAGGAGAACUGUGUCCCGGCUCACGAUGACGUCACCUUCGUGUGCACGCCCUCACAGCACUGGAGCAAACGCACUCCGUACGACGACAACAAGACGCUCUGGGGCAGCUGGACGGUUCUGGGACCAGAGCAUCGUUUCUUCUUUGCUGGAGACACGGGAUACUGCCCCACCUUUAAAGAGAUCGGGCAGCGCUUCGGCCCUUUCGACCUGGCUGCUAUUCCCAUCGGAGCGUAUCAGCCCAGGGAUGUGAUGGUGGGACAGCAUGUGGAUCCUGCAGAGGCUGUUCAGAUACACGAGGAUCUUCAGGCCAAACAGUCUGUGGCCAUUCACUGGGGAACCUUUGCACUCGCCCAUGAGUAUUACCUGGAGCCUCCUGUGCGUCUCAGAGAAGCGCUGGAGCAGAAGGGGCUAAAACCAGAGUCUUUCUUCGUCCUGAAUCACGGAGAGUCACGCCUGGUCUCUUCAUCGCAGGGAGACAUCUUUGACUGACGCCCGAGACAAGCCAAUUAAUAUCACACUGACAUCUACAGUAUACAGGAAAAUAAAUAAAACAUGAACUCAAUGUC